GCAUCGUCGAGGUCACCAUUCUCGCCAUCUCCUUGUCGCUUUCCACCCGCGAUUCCCACGCAGCAACGGAGGAGAAACGCCAGUCAAUGGUUGAAGCUUCCCUCUCCCUCCCUCUCUCUCUCUCUUCAACGCAUAAUGCAAUAAAUUUCAAGGAAGGAGAAAAAUGGGGAGUUGAAGGAUCCACCAUCUAGCGCUUGGCUCAGUUCUGCCGCCCGAAUCCGCCCUCGUCCCCACGCCCAUUUCUUUAAUCAUCUCCCCCUGCAGACCUUGGCGUGAUCUUGCCCUUCUUGAAAUCAUUUCUUAAUUCUUGAAAUUGGGUGUCUUUUUCUGGUCGACUCUUGCCUCUAUCUCUGCCUCGCUCCCUCCCACUCUUUUUUUAACCAUCUCUUUCCGCCUCCCGCAUAAAAGGACGAGGUGGGUACUUGCCCAAUCAAGAAUCGCUUCGACCCCAGUUGGCCUCUGGACUCUGAUUGGCCGUUUCGGGUUUUUGGGUCGUGGGGGGAUAGCCGUGAGGCGAUGAAGAGGUACAGGAACGGCGAGAUUUGGGACUUCGAGCACGAAAUGCCGGUGGUGGGUGGCAACGACGAGGUGGUUCUUGGGCUGGACGGCGGGACGACGUCGACGGUGUGUAUCUGCAUGCCCCUGCUCCGGGUCGCCGACCCUUCCGACCCUUUGCCCGUUCUGGCCAGAGCCGUCGCGGGUUGCUCCAAUCACAACAGUGUCGGGGAAGCUGCUGCAAGGGAGACACUGGAGCAAGUUAUGGCAGAUGCUCUUGCUAAAUCUGGUUCUAAUCGAUCAGCUGUCCGGGCAGUUUGUCUAGCCGUGUCUGGUGUUAACCAUCCAACUGAUCAGCAGAGAAUAGUAAAUUGGCUCAGGGAGAUGUUCCCGAGCUAUGUUAGGCUCUAUGUUCAAAAUGAUGCUGUCGCAGCUCUGGCGAGUGGAACCCUGGGAAAGCUUCAUGGAUGUGUUUUAAUUGCUGGUACUGGCACCAUCGCUUAUGGAUUUACAGAAGAUGGAAGAGAAGCUCGGGCUGCUGGUGCGGGCCCCACCUUAGGUGACUGGGGAAGUGGUUAUGGAAUAGCUGCACAGGCAUUAACGGCAGUAAUUAGGGCUUAUGAUGGUCGUGGGCCAGAAACAAAUCUGACUUCCAGCAUAUUAGAGAUUGGCCUUUCUUCCCCAGAUGAAUUAAUUGGGUGGACCUACAUAGAUCCAUCUUGGGCUCGCAUUGCAGCCCUUGUCCCAGUUGUGGUGUCUUGUGCAGAGGCAGGGGAUGAAGUCGCUAACAGGAUUUUAGUUGAAUCUGUCCAAGAGUUGGCUUUAAGUGUGAAAGCUGUUGUUGAAAGACUUCGUCUGUGUGGUGAAGAUGGAAAAGAUUCUUUCCCCCUUGUCAUGGUGGGUGGUGUUCUUGAAGCGAAGAAGAGGUGGGAUAUUGGCAAAGAAGUCAUAAACUGCAUCUCCAAGGAGUUCCCUGGAGUAUUUCCUAUCAGGCCAAAGGUGGAGCCUGCGGUUGGGGCAGCAUUGCUGGCUCGUAAUUUUUACAUGAAAGAAUUCUGCAAGGAGCUAUAGAAGUCCCAUUCUUAAAGAUUCGCUAGAGUCGACCCAAUUGUACAGUAGGAUAACAAUGAGGUUUUCUAGCGUUGCCAAAACACGAACACAUCGGACAGAGGAAACGACAAUUUGAGACGAAAACCGGUCCGAGUCUGGUGAAAGGGUUCAUAGGUUCCCUCUCCAUUCUUCUCUCUCUCUCUCUCUCUCUCUCUCUCUGAGGUCAUUCUUUUCAGCAGAUAGUUUUUCACUUCCUGGGUGAAACAUGCUGCAACGCUACCGUGAGUCCAUGAUUGGUGAAAUUGGUCCGUGUGCUUGUAUUUCUUUUGCUGUCGAUGAUUAGUUUUGAUGCAUUUAAGCAUCCCUCUUGUCGCCAUGGCAGAGCAUUCUUGCUGAGAAUUUCGUUUACCUUGGGAAUUGCACUUGGCCACCGUUGGCUUUUCCGCU